AUGGGAAAGAAGGAAAAUGCAGAGAAAGAGAGAAGGGAGGAGAAGAAGAAGUCCAGCAAGAAUCAUGGCAGCGUCAUCGUCACUGUCUACGUUGAAUCAUCAUCAACUGCAGAUCAAAAACCUCAUCGGAAAUCCAAGUCCAGCAGCAAAUCGAAUAGGCAAAACCAUUGCUUCCGCUCUAAACCUCCAAUUUCAAAAAGAUACGGUUCCGAUCGUAAGGCCCAGCUCCUUGCCUAUGCUCAACAGCUAAGGAGCUCUCAUAAGAAACAGAUCGGAUGGUUAGAGACGAAUUUGAGAACCAAAAGAAAGUGGAGUAGUUGGGGAAAAUCUCGAUCGAAAUGCCGUCUUUUCUUCCAAAAGAUCUUCCAUCCAGUGAGAAGCCGGGAAGGAUAUGAACCGAUUCUAUCAGAUAAAGAGAGAUCUGAUUAUAAAUCGAAUUCUCGAAGCAGGAAUUGCUCAAACAACUUCUGUGUAAGGCAUUCAUACUUGGCAUCGAUCUCCAUUUCCCCUCUUUUUCAUUGCAGUAGAAGUUCAGAUCCGUAUGAAUCCGAUUCUAGAUCCCAAAUUGAAUAAUGGAUCUGCAUUUGAUGAACCUAAUCAUGCAUUUCUUUCAAAGAUUUAGCUUAAUGUUUUUGUUUUUGCAGAAGCGACUUAGGUCUAUGCUUAAAGAGUUAUCUAGAGGUUGGAAACGCAACAAGUGAUAAAAGAGCUCGAUACAAAGGCAGUGUGUGUUUAAAUGCUGGGUUUUUGGUUACUUGGUUUGAUAGGGAUCAUAUUUACGUACGAGAACCAUUCUGCUAUUCCUGUGAUCAACAUAUACAGUUGGCUCGGUUUCUCUAGCAAUGGCAUAGGUCUCUAGACUCAAGUGAAGUAGUAUAUCUCUAUACGAGGUGAUUGAAUCUUUGGUCCUUCAAGAAUAAUAUCCUUCACAAGUCACAAAAACCAGUACCUUAUAAUUAAGAGGUCAUAAGUUCAACUCUCAUUUACAAUGUAUUCACUUCAUAAUUGAGAGAACUAUAUGCAAUUUUUGAAAGUUAUCAUUGUCUUGCA